UUCUAUAUUAUCAACCAACAAACAAGCAGUAUACCAAUAACUUGAAUCUUUUCAUACAUCUUCAGAAGCUUCACAAAAGGAUUCGAACUUUUAGACAAAGAAACAAGAAAUGACUUUCAUGAGAAAUCUGUUGGGUGCAAAGAAGAUUCUUGGAGCUGCAACAAGCAAAAAGGCAACCUCGGCGGCACCAAAAGGGUUUCUAGCAGUGUACGUAGGAGAGAGCCAGAAGAAGAGAUAUGUGGUACCAAUCUCCUACUUGAGCCAGCCUUCAUUUCAAGCUCUUCUCAGCAAAUCUGAAGAAGAGUUUGGGUUCGAUCAUCCAAUGGGCGGCUUAACAAUCCCUUGUCCUGAAGAUAUGUUCAUCACUGUGAUGUCUCGGCUUCAAUGAUGAUUAUCCAACACAUUGUUCUUGGACUUAGAGAUAGACUUUGUUCCUUGUAAAUAGAGGAUAGUUUUUUUUUCUUGAAAGAGUUGUACUAAAAUUUUGAAAGUGGAAUACCAUUUUUAUGAUAUGGACACAACACAAUUCAUGCUGAACUAAUACAUUUUGGAUCGAUCACUGAAAAAGAAAGAACAAAACCAAUGGAAGAAAUAAUUGAAUUAUACAUUAGUUGUUGUUGAAUAAAAAAUAAAUGACAGUAUUUGUCAUCCAUUGAAGUCUUUUAUCUAACAAAGUACUCAUCAUCCACUGAUGUACCCGCACUUUUAUCUCUGUUUCAUAGUCCUACAACAGCUUCUCCAUUAUUAGUCUCUAUUUGAAGUUAGAAUCAUACUUCAGUCUACAUUGCCAAGGGAGUGAAUGGAUCCUCAACUUUCAAUACUUAAAACAUGUUUCCCUACUGUAUAUAUCUGUCUUACAACUCACGUAACAAUGAGAAAAGAGUAUAUUUACUAUGUUUUGUGUUAU